AUAAUAUAACAAGUUGGCCUGAUACUAUACAAAAAGGUAAUUCACAUAUUAUAUAUAAGCCAGAUCUUAUAUUUAUUGUAUAUUUAAAUGGUCAAAUAAUUAAUCUUUUAAAUAUGGUAAUUGGUUGUCCCAAUUCUUCUAAACAAAAACAAAAACAAGAUCAUUUAAAGCUAGCACAACUUGCAAAAAAUUUGAUAGAUUUUGCAAGGAUUCAUCUUAAGCAAUAUAUUAAAAGAGAAUAUUGA